AUGGAUCAAGAGGAUAAUAAUAAUAUUGAACAGAUACAACAGCAUGAGGAGAACGAUCAUAUAACACAUAAUGAAACUGUUGAAGAAGCUGUGUAUCGAUAUGUUAGGGGACUUGAUUUCCCAGAAUCUUCCACGUCUACUUCGGAUAUAAAUUGGGAUAAUAAAAGAUAUGUUGAACCACCACAAGAUAAUAUAAUUAGAAAGAUUCCUAGGCAUGAGCAUGGUGAUGAAGUUGAAGAAGUGGAUAAAACUGAAGAACUAUUAAAUGAUGAUACGGAUUUGUUAUUGAGAGAUGCUUCACCUACGUUUAGUAAAUCAACAAGUAUCAUUCCAAUGAAUAUUUCACAACGGAUCGAAUCAUUUCAUGAAGUGCUACCUAAAGUUAGUUCAUUGAGAAACGUUCCGGCAUUCAACAUUUCAUCGACUAUGAAAUCAAAUUUGAGAAAUGUUAAAGGGUUUGAACCGGUGAUGAAAGAGAUAAGAGAUAGUUUGGAUCAACUUAUUCCGACGUUGAAGAAUAAAAAAAUGUUUACCAAGGAAGAAGAUCAAAUAAUUGAUAGAUUUAUUAACAAAUAUUGUCAAUAUGAGAAUAUCUCAAUUAAUAAUUUUAAAAAUCUAAUGUGGAGCGAUACAAGGAAACGAAAUCAUUCAUUGACAAUAUUUUGGAAAUAUGUUUAUAAAUUAUUUUCUCAUAGAUCAAAAACAUCACUUUACAGUCACAUACGACGUCGAUAUCAUAAUUUUAGUAAAACUGGUAAUUGGAGUGAAAAUGAAGAACAUCGAUUAUAUGAUUUUUGUCAACAGUCUGGCCCAGUUAUUAAAUGGAGUCAAAUUGGGUUUGAAUUAGAUCGAAUGCCUGAAGAAUGUAAAGACCAUUGGAGAAAUAAUUUAAAAAUUAAAAGCAAACAAUUGAAGAGUAAAUGGACACCUGAAGAAGAAGAAAUAUUAGUCACUCUUGUGAAGGAUAAUUUCGAACCUAAUCAAAAUAUUAAUUGGGAUAAAGUCAGUGAGAUGCUUAAUGGAACAAGAUCUAGAUUACAAUGCCGAUUUAAAUGGAAACAAUUGGAAAAGAAAAAUUCAGAAAAAUAA